CGCGAAGUGGGGCCUGGGGCAGCAGUGAAUAGUGACGGCCCCCAGCGCUGCCGCUAACGCUGCUGCCAUGAAUCACAAGAGUAAGAAGCGCAUCCGUGAGGCGAAGCGCAGCGCCCGACCCGAGCUGAAGGACUCGCUGGACUGGACCCGCCACAACUACUGCGAGACCUUUCCCCUGAGCCCCGCUGCUUGCAAGGAUAACGUGGAGAGGGCAGAUGCACUCCAGUUAACAGUAGAGGAAUUUGUUGAGCGUUAUGAAAAACCUUACAAGCCUGUAGUCCUGCUGAACGCCCAGGUGGGUUGGUCUGCCCAAGAGAAGUGGACUCUGGAAAGGCUGAAACGCAAGUACAGGAACCAGAAGUUCAAAUGUGGGGAGGACAAUGACGGUUAUUCUGUGAAGAUGAAGAUGAAAUACUACAUAGAGUAUAUGGAAACCACACGUGAUGACAGCCCCCUCUACAUCUUUGACAGCAGUUAUGGAGAGCAUCCCAAGCGCAGGAAACUCCUGGAGGACUACAAAGUACCCAAAUUCUUCACUGAUGACCUGUUUCAGUAUGCAGGGGAGAAACGAAGGCCACCUUACAGAUGGUUUGUGAUGGGCCCACCUCGCUCUGGAACAGGAAUCCACAUUGAUCCCUUGGGAACCAGUGCAUGGAAUGCCUUAGUCCAAGGACAUAAGCGUUGGUGCCUGUUCCCUACCAGCACUCCCAGAGAGCUGAUCAAAGUGACACGAGAAGAGGGAGGGAACCAGCAGGAUGAGGCCAUCACCUGGUUCAAUGUCAUCUACCCCAGGACACAGCUCCCCACUUGGCCCCCAGAAUUCAAACCCCUGGAAAUCCUGCAGAAACCAGGAGAGACAGUCUUUGUGCCAGGUGGCUGGUGGCACGUAGUUCUCAAUCUUGACACAACCAUUGCCAUCACACAAAACUUUGCCAGCUGUACCAACUUCCCUGUGGUGUGGCACAAGACAGUAAGAGGGAGACCCAAGCUGUCAAGGAAAUGGUACAGGAUCCUAAAGCAGGAACACCCUGACUUGGCAGCCUUGGCUGAUUCAGUUGACCUGCAGGAAUCCACUGGUAUUGCUUCUGAUAGUUCCAGUGACUCCUCCAGCUCCUCGAGUUCCAGCUCCUCAGACUCUGAUUCAGAGUGUGACUCUGGCUCGGAGACAGAGGGGAUGAUGCACCGCAGGAAAAAGAGGAGAACGUGCAGCAUGAUGGGCAACGGAGAUACGACUUCCCAGGACGACUGCGUCAGCAAAGAGCGCAGCUCCUCCAGACCAUCUCCAUUUUGUGCUGUCAGAGGCUGGCUCCUGGAUGACCUCUAGGAGAAGGCCCCAACUCUACGUUCUCGUGCAAUGCUUUGUCCCCUCCGCGCCCCCAGUGAGUGCACUAAUGACCCAGCCAGGUAUGGAACGGUUCACCUCGCUGGCAAGGAAGGUGAUGGUCAGUUUUUAAAGAACUCUUUUUAAAACCAGCAGGUCAGUGCCCAAACCUGCCUUGCUUUUGACACUGUCAUAUGUUUACAUGUUGUCCUGUACACUUGAGGAGAGGAACACCAGCCCCUUUUGGCCUGUCUGAACGUCCGGCGGACCUCCCACCACGGUUUCAGGAAAGGAAGGUGAUACAAAUGCUCCAGACACUGAAGCAGCUUCAGCAGAGGUGGCCACCAACCUGAAGCAUCUUUUGUGGUCUUAAUCUACACACAUACAGGUGCAACACCUUAACCAGCAACGGUCCAUUUGUUUUGCUCUGUCUGUCACCGUGCCUGGUGGCAUCAAAGACGCACUAGCACCUUGCUAUCGGUAGCUCAAUGGAGCAGGAGGAUCUUGGGAGUUUCUUAUACAGCAAAAAACCUGUGGGGAACAAGUCAGUAUUUGGCAGUAAUUCCAAGCCUUUAGGUGCAGGUGUGAUGCUUAGCAUUAAGCAACACCUGAAGAGGUCUGACUCUUCCAGGAUCACAAGGGGUGCUGGGUUUUAAACCAGCAGUGAGUGACAGGGCUGGGGGCUGGUGCAGGCCAGUGCAGUUCACAUACCCUAGAUAGCUUUUCCUUGAGGUUUCUUGUUCAGAUGUCUCCCUAGAACUUGCAGUGCCAAUUUUAAAGGAUGGGGAGGGGGACAUGUUUUUGUUUCCUGCUGUUUAAAGAUGCAGUGUGUUGCUUAAGUCUGUGUAGGUGCUGUUUGUAUUAUGCCAGCUAAAGCUCUCAUCCCCAAGGGAUCUGUCGGAGCUGUUGGGUGUUUUAGCAGGGGCUUGUGCUGGUAGUGUGAGAGAAGAGGUGUGUCUGUGCUGCAAGGAUAUGAUCCUCCUUUUCCAUCUGAACAGCACAGCUGGACUGGGGUGCUGCCUUGGGUGCUCUCCUGAGAUCUAGGAGUGGGUAUUUGAUCUCACUUCAGCUGUUCUCCUGUGGGAGAGGAAAUUGGGAAGCAGAGCUGGUGAGUGUGUAGUAAACACGCAAUAAUGCCCACCACUAGGAGCAGGGUUCAAAAGCAGAUUGGCAGCCUUAACCAUGACUUCCUUGUGCUUGUUGGGUUUAAUGGAAGCCAGAACGUUGCUUGUCUGGGUUUCUGAUCUGUUUUUAAACUGAUCUCUUCCUGUUACAACACUCUUUUUCUUCUUGGAGACCAGAUCACAUCCUGUUGUAGAAGGGAGUCCUAAAUAUAUGUGAAAUCAGAGUUUCUGAAUCUUCUGUGCCAGUCCCCUUUUGUAGGAGCAGUUAAAUGGUGGAAAAAUGGUUUUGGUACAGUCCAGACUCUGAGCUCCUCGUGAUGAGCAGCCAUAAGUGAACACAGUUGCCCUGUAGACUGCUGCAGAUUCUUCCAUGGGAUUACUGCAUUUUAAAGCAACUUCUCAGACUCCUGGCAUUCCUGGCCAAGGGUUGCCUUUUUCCUGGACUGCCUGGGAGCCAGCACAAGCUGUGUAUCCCUUCAGAGCAGGCUGCAGCUGCUGCCUUGUGAAAGAAUGUGAGGGCCUGGAGGGGUGAAGGCUCAGAAGUCUUGGCUCUGUUAUGGUGAGAGGAGCCUUUGGAGAACUGUCCCCUGCCCUCUUUGGUGGCCUGACAGUUGAGGUGGCUUGUGCUGGCACUUGCAGUUGCAUUUGGUGUGCAGAGUUCAGUUUUGCAACCUUAAAAUCUGCUUAAAAUGUUGGGGGAAGCCUGUGGUGGCUGUGUUGGGAAACCACACCUCUGUCACCAGCAGCACAGCAGAGCAUUCCUCUGUGCCUGUGAGCUCUUGCACAGUGCAGAGUCAAACCAUUCCAGAUGAAGCCUGUGUUUGUUUGACAGCCCUCACAGGGAAGCAGCAUGUGGGGAAGGGACUUGCAGGCCUGUGGUAGCAGCAGCACUGCACUGGCUUCUCCACAAGGCACGUUCAGAUAGGAGACAAAGCUCUGCCUGUUCAGACUACCUGGGAAUCAGGACUCCUGGGAUCUCUGGUUCUUCCACUUGCAGGCUCUAGCCUCAGGCAAAUUGGUGAGCUUCUGCCUUUGUGUUAGUAGGAGGAAAAUACCUACCUCACAGGGGUGUUGUGAGGCUGAAGUGUAAUUACUGUGUAAGAUGCUUUGAAGUCACCCUCCCACAAAAAGUGUUCCAGACAUCCUGAGCAACCUGAGACUUCCUGAAGCUGGUGUUGACUUUCUGUGGCAGAAAACCUGGAGGAUGUUGUUCAGCAUUCCUGGCCACGUGGUGUUCUGUGGUGGCCCUCCCUGCCAGAAUUGCUGUGUGGUACAUAUGUAGCAAAACAAGGCUUUUUGUUUUCACCACAGUUUAUCUCUUGGCAUCUCAUGCCCUGCUCUGAACAGGAGGGCCUGCUAGAUCAGGGCCUUUUAAAAAUAGGACUAGAUUAAAUUCUCUCUCUGAUCAGGGAGUCAGCUCCACUGGCCUUACAGGAAGGGGGGAGCUGGUGCUUCCCAGGCCCUCCUUCCAGGCUGGGUGAAUGAGGAAUGAAGUUAAAAGCUGUUCUCCCCUUGUGCCUAGCUCCAUGCUUGUGGCAGGCUGCCUGGGGAGCGUGGGGUUUGUGCUCUCACUUCUCCAAGCUUGUGCUUCUUGGGGCGUCCAUGUCUCUCUUUUUCCAACCCCCACUGCUUUUGUGCACCCUAGAGCCCUGGAUGUAGCAGGCUGUGCUCCAGCAUCCAGACCCAGUGGCCCUUUGUUUCCCUGAGUCCCAAAGCAGCAGCAGUGCUCCACCUCAGCCCUGCCAUGGUGCUUCCUGGGCUGCCCCAUUUCCUGGGGACAAGCUGAGAGCUGCCUGCUGCCUUUGGGCUUUGCAAACCAGUGUCAGUGUCCUGCCUGGCCUGGAGAGGGUGGAGGGAUUUGUGAGCUCUGGCCAUGCUUCUGAGUCUGGUAGCCAAGUGCAGGCUUGUCUGCUCUGCCUGUUUAGGAGUAAACAAACCCCCAGCAGAGCUGUGGCUGUGGGCAGCAGGGGCUGAUCUCAGCACCUGUUCUCUCUGCACAAGUGCUGUGGGAGCAGGUGUCAUUGUGGCAGCCCUGGCAGACCUUCCUCCCUCCUCCAGCUUGGCUGUGCUGGCUCCAGUUUGUCUUCUCAGUUACAUGAAGCCUCUCCAAGUGCUUAAAGGACUGCAACCUCUUUCAUAAUUAACCAAGCCCCUUCUCCUCCCUGAGUCCCCAGCCAUGGCAGGGCAGGAAGCAAGGCUGUUGGCUGAGUCCAGUCUGAAAUGCCUGUGGGCUCCUUGUCACAGGGAGGGUUUUGGCAUCCCCCUUGCACAGGGGGGAAGGAAGGAGCUUACUGCUCCCUUUGACAGUCACACUGUCAGCUCCAGCCCUGCCACUGCCCUUAGCUGCUUUUGUCACCCCAUCCAGCAGAGCUGGGAUAUUCUUUGUCUUGUUUGGAUGA